ACGUCGCGGACUCGCCCAGCUCUACUUGCGAUUCGAGCACAUGGUGAUUGAUCCAAAUUUACUAAGUGCAUUGCUAAAUAUACCCGUAAUAAAGUAAUUACAUUACAAUGUCGGAGGUUUUCCACCGGCCUGGACCGUUGAAACAAACAAAUAAAGCUCAUAAAACUGGGCAACACCGAUCAAAAGGUGCUAUCGAAAAAGCACUAAAGGGCCGUGUUUCUCUUAAAGCAGUAUCACACAAGCACAAAGAGGAACAACGUAGGGAGCAGCGUCGCAACCAGAUGAAUCAAAUUCGUAAGAAGAAACGCGAGGAAGCAAGAUUAGAAAAACUGCAGUUGGGUACACAGAAUUCUCCUCCGUUUAUGGUUUGUAUCUUGCCAAUGCAUCAACAAAUCGACGCGAGAUCAGCAUUGGCUAUACUAGAAAGUUGCGAUGAGCAAGCUGUAGUCCAGCGAACUGAAACGGGCGUUACAUAUAUAAACCUACCACGCUUCAAGCAGCGCUUUUCAUUCAUUAUUCCCCCAACAGGCCGUGGCAAUGAAAUAGAAGUUUUAGAUUAUUUAAAAGCUUGUGACACUACAUUGCUUUUAACAUCUGCGGCUAUGGGGGAGGAUGAUGUAUUCGAUCGUUGGGGCCAUCGUAUUUUUAACAUGAUAUCCGCUCAAGGUUUACCUACUCCUAUUGUUGCACUAAUGGACUUGGAAUCGAUAAACCCGAAAAAGCGUAACGAUGUAAAAGCGUCUGUACAAAAAUUUGUAUCAAAGCUACUGCCAAAGGAGAAGAUUAUGCAACUGGAUACCAACGCUGAAGGUUUAAACGUUAUGCGCCGCAUUGGUGGGCAAAAAAAGAAUAUAAUUCCUAAUAAAGCGAAUCGACCCCAUUUAUUUAGUGAUAAAAUUGAAUAUGAACUCCAUCCAAACGAAUCCGUAGAUAAAAUUAAUUUGAAAGUAACAGGAUUCUUACGCGGGGCACCGCUAAACGAAAACUCUCUAGUACAUAUUCCUGGUUUAGGAGAUUUUCAAAUGGAACAAAUAAAUACAACAUUUGACAAUUUUAGAUUAGAUAAACGGCCAGAAGCUCAGCAAAUUCCUGAUGUCCGGGUAGCUGAUCGUGGGAAGCAAAUUUCGUUGCAGAGCGAAAAUAUACCAGACGACAUGGAUGCAGAGCAGACAUGGCCGACUGAGGAAGAAAUCAAAGCAGCACAACAAGAAUCUAAAAAAACAAAGUUAAUUAAGCGUGUACCUAAGGGAUGGAGUACAUACCAAGCAGCAUGGAUACCUGAUGUCGAAACGUUGGAAACUGAAGAUGCAAUUAAUAAAGAUAGUGAUGUGAGUGAAUCUGGUGAUGAAAGUGAAGAUGAUGAUGAAUUCAUGUCGUGUGAAAAUGAAUCUUUCGAUGGAGAAGUGCAAAACCCCCAUUCGGAUACAGAUGAGUACGUAGAAACUGCAUCUAUGUCAGAUGCUGCUAUAAAUGACGAAACAUAUGAUCUCCAAAUGGACUUUCACGAAGAGCGCGAAACAAUGAAAAAAAUAAAAGAAGCACGCGCUGAUGAGCUAUGGCCUGAUGAAAUCGAUACACCUUUAGAUGUAGAUGCUAGAGAUAGAUUCCAGAAAUAUCGUGGACUAGAGUCAUUUAGAACAUCGCCUUGGGAUCCAAAGGAAAAUUUGCCAUAUGAUUAUGCACGCAUUUAUCGAUUCCAAAAUUUCGAUCGGACAAAACGGAGAAUUAUUUCUGAAUCCAAGGAUGUAAAUGGCUUUCUGCAUGGCGCCUACAUCACAAUACACAUCAUAAAUGUACCUUUCUCCAAGUGGAGAGCUUAUUUAUCAGCUCGUCAUGGAAAGAGCCUAGUUGUAUAUGGUUUACUACCACACGAGCAUCAAAUGUCGGUAGUUAACGUUGUGCUCAAGCGGUUACCCGAUUCAGAGGCGCCAAUAAAAUCGAAAGAAACUUUAAUCAUACAGUGUGGAUAUCGGCGUUUCGUUGUGAAUCCUAUUUUUAGUCAACACACCAAUGGCGACAAGCACAAAUAUGAACGAUACUUCCGACCACACACAACUGUUUGUGCUACUUUUUAUGCACCGAUACAAUUUCCUCCCGCGCCUGUAUUAGCAUUCAAGUUAAAUCCCGAUUCAACUUUAGCACUGGUUGCUCGUGGUUGUUUGCUGUCUUGUAAUCCCGAUCGUGUUGUGCUGAAACGCAUUGUCUUGAGUGGGCAUCCAAUGCGUAUAAAUCGAAAAUCAGCCACUGUACGUUACAUGUUCUUCAACAAAGAGGAUGUAGAUUACUUUAAGCCGGUUAAACUACACACAAAAUGUGGACGCUUGGGGCAUAUAAAGGAAUCCCUAGGAACUCACGGACACAUGAAAUGUGUAUUUGAUGGGCAGUUGCGCUCGUACGAUACAGUUUUUAUGUAUCUGUUUAAGAGGGUGUACCCAAAAUGGACCUAUGAAGAGUGUUUGAUACGUUGUGGUAAGGAUGAAGAAAAACUUGAGGACGAAAAAAUGGAAUAAUAUUUUAUAUAUGUAUGUAAUUUAGUUUGAGACAAUAUCUCAUUGUAAAUAAUUAGAAAAUAUAUUCUUUUCCACUUUUCUGUGAAACGAAAAAUAUGCCAACUCCCCUAUUUUUAUCAAGAAAAAAUAAAAGAACAUUAAAAAGAAU